CUCCGCGUCAAGAAUGGGGCGGCCAAGCUGCCCAAGCCGCCCGCCGCCGCCGCGGCCGAGGCUCCUGGCGCGGGCGCGGGCAUGGAGCGCUCGCAAAGCCGCCUCAGCCUGUCCGCCUCCUUCGAGGCGCUCGCCAUCUACUUCCCGUGCAUGAACUCCUUCGAUGAUGAGGACGCAGAAGGCAACAGCCGGAGACUGAAGGGUGCCAUCCAGAGAAGCACAGAGACAGGCCUGGCCGUGGAGAUGCCCAGCCGGACGCUACGUCAAGCCAGCCAUGAGUCCAUCGAGGACAGCAUGAACAGCUAUGGCUCUGAGGGCAAUCUUAACUAUGGAGGACUUUGUCUGGCCUCAGACGCCCAGUUCAGUGACUUCCUGGGGAGCAUGGGGCCAGCGCAGUUUGUGGGCCGCCAGACCCUGGCUACCACCCCCAUGGGGGAUGUGGAGAUCGGCUUGCAGGAGCGGAACGGUCAGCUGGAGGUGGACAUCAUCCAGGCUCGGGGACUGACUGCCAAGCCAGGCUCGAAGACUCUGCCAGCUGCCUAUAUCAAGGCCUAUCUGCUGGAGAAUGGUGUCUGCAUUGCCAAGAAGAAGACCAAAGUGGCCCGUAAGUCACUGGACCCAUUGUACAACCAGGUGCUUCUGUUUCCUGAGAGUCCCCAGGGCAAAGUCCUGCAGGUAAUUGUGUGGGGAAACUACGGACGGAUGGAGCGGAAGCAGUUCAUGGGCGUGGCACGCGUGCUGCUGGAGGAACUGGACUUGACCACCCUGGCCGUGGGCUGGUACAAGCUCUUCCCCACCUCCUCCAUGGUGGACCCAGCCACAGGUCCCCUGCUUCGGCAGGCGUCCCAGCUGUCCCUUGAGAGCACCGUGGGUCCCUGUGGCGAGCGAUCUUAAAGCCAGGGAUGGGGAGGGGCUCCCCGAGAUGGCCUGGAGACCACCCAGCCCUGACCUGGGACCCCAGGCCCAGGGGCACAUUGGACAUUGGAGGAAGGGGUUCUUCCCCACAGUGGGGAAGCAGAAUGGGGAGACCUGUCCCCCUUGGGCCCCUCCUCACUCCUUCACCUCCUACCCGAGACCUUCCCUUUCCCAGUGGGUUGGCUACACUUUUGACCUGGCCGGUUUUGAUCUGGUGGAUGUGGCUACAAUCGGAGAAAGACUGAGGUGGCAGAGCAAACCACUCCUCUGC